AUGGAGUCCAACCAUCACGCGUCAAGAGAACCUCAAGGCCAACGAGACCACGCAAGUGAACUGGAAGAUCUACUGCACGCUGUUCAAGCCCUAAUUAUUCCUUUCGUCAGAUCAGCGGAUGAAAGUAUAGCCUGCAAAUCGAUGACAGGUUCUGUACCUGUGGCUCCCGGCGCAAAUGUUCGGACCUCUCUCGUCGAAUCUCUUAGCCCAGAUGUUCUACGUGAGACGAUGAACUUUAGUCUGCCCCUCACAGGCCAGGGAAAAGUAGGAUUGUUAAGGGCUAUUGAGCAAGUGCUCCACUACAGUGUCAAUACCGGGGACCAAGGAUUCAUGGAUAAGCUAUAUGCUGGUACCAACCCUGUUGGUGUUGUUUCAGAAUUGGUCUUGGCUAUACUCAAUACAAACGUUCAUGUAUUCAAAGUUUCACCAGCACUAUCUGUUAUCGAAAAAUUAACUGCAAAGGCUUUGGCUGUUCAAUUUGGCUUUGAUGGUCCUGAUUCUGGUGGUAUCUCGACGCAGAGCGGAAGUGCUUCCAACGCCACUUCCAUUGUAAUCGCGAGAAACUGCUUAUACCCGUCUACGAAGAAGGAGGGGAAUGCAAAUUUAAAGCUGGUAAUCUUUACCUCAACCGAUGGACAUUACUCCCUCGAGAAAGCAGCCCAAAUUUGUGGCCUCGGUUCUGACAACGUAUGCCUUGUUCCCGCUGACAGCGACGGUCGAAUGAUUCCUGAAGAGCUAGAUAGACUAGUUCAAAUUGCGAAGGCUGAAGGUCGAACUCCUUUUUAUGUGAAUGCCACGGCAGGUACGACAGUCUUGGGCUCAUAUGAUCCGGUGGAAGCUAUUUCAUUAGUUUGCAAAAAAUACCAUUUAUGGCUUCACGUGGAUGCCUCUUGGGGUGGUCCCGUUAUAUUCUCCCGUCGACUCAAGUACAAAAUGUCUGGCACUCAUUUAGCCGACUCUUUGGCUAUCAACCCUCACAAAAUGAUGGGUGUUCCUGUCACUUGUUCAUUCUUAUUGACUCCAGACCUUCAGAGGUUUCACUCAGCUAACAGUAUCGCAGCCGAUUAUCUCUUUCAUACAGAGUCAACCAGGUCUGAAGUCUGGGAUUUAGCCGAACUUACCAUCCAGUGUGGCCGGCGUGCUGAUAGUCUCAAGCUCGCGCUGAGCUGGAUAUAUUAUGGCACGGAAGGAUUUGAGCAGCAAGUUGACUACGCUUUCUCGGUUGCCGCCUAUAUGGCAGCUCAAAUUGAAGCUAAUCCACAUUUUCACCUUGUCUCAGAAAACCCACCACCGUGUUUACAGGUCUGUUUCCACUACACUGGAAGCGCAGGUCUCAGUACAAGUAAGAAAUUUAAUGACCAGAUGACGAGCUGUCUGGCUGAGAGGCUGGUUCCCCGUGGCUUCAUGGUUGACUACGCUUCAGGUAAGUGGGGCUCUUUCCUCCGCGUGGUUGUAAAUAGAGAGACCCGCAUAACUACGGUAGAUAGCCUUCUAAAAUUGCUCGAAGAAAUAGGCAGUACCGUAGUAAUUAAUUAA